CAACUGCAAGAGGAGCUGACCAUGGAGGUAAAGCUACUGAAACUAUCUACAGUAGAUGAUGUUCGACUGCGAAUAUCACUGUAAGCGAGGGGACGGAGGAUGGAAUCGCAUGCUAGUAGUGUGUGGUACUAGGGUGGCUGUGGACAUGCCAACUUGUGAGGGGACGACAAGGACGGGCAAGGGCUUGGGGAGGUGAACAAGAACUGCCCGGCAAAGGAUUUGAAACAGAUCUCGGGCGUCGGGCUAUGUCAGACGCAACCGGAGGGGAUAGAAACACAAUAAAGGUAAUAAUAAUAAAUUAUAAUAUGGAGAUUUGUUGGUCGUUUGGCAAGGCACUUCCCGUUUGACCAUUUCUGCUUCCGCCCAGUCGUCCCCUCGCAAUUGAGCCAGGCCAUUGUUGCGCUGGCCACUGCUUUCCCUCCUCCCACCACCACCUCUCUCGUCCACUAGACGCGGGGGACACAUGGCCUCGACUUCCCUCAACUCCUCCUCCUCGUCUUCUGCAUCUACCUCGUCCGCUAGACGCAGAUGGACGCGUGAGCAGCUGCUAAAAAGCCUCGAGAUUCUCGGGCCCCUCUCCGCUCCCCUCCCUCCGCAGCUCCCACCAUCUCCCCCGGCGUCUUGUCGGAGUUCCCCAGCUCCUCACUCGGCCAAACGCAAGCUAGAUACUGCACCAGAGUCUACUUCUAUAAAGCGCGUACGGCUCGCCAGUCCUCCCGAGAGGUCCCAGCGUCAUCACCAUCAGCACAACAACGCCCAACAGCCGUCGCCGUCGGCACGUAGGCCCGCAAAUGCCGCGCAAUCACUCAACUCCCGGUUGGAGCCAUCGGAGGAUGGCGAAGUACGCGAAGAUGUUGACUCUUUCCCACUGAAUGCCCAGGUCUCGCUUGAGCCCAACGCUGUUCCGGUUCGUCGGCCCCGCCGCGGUCGGCCUACUGUUCGAACAUUCGACGAGCUUCACGACAAGUACCACCAGUAUGGCCGGAAGCUGAAGUACUCCGGAGAUGCUCGCCUUUGGUCAGCAUAUCCCCCGACCCACAAAGAGUAUCGCCCCUUGGCCAACCCACCUCCCCCUGGUUCCUCAUAUUAUCAGAAUAGUGGCCUCAUCGCGCGCCUUGAGCUGCUCGAUGCCCUUCUUUGCUUCACAUACGCGAUGUGGAUGAAAGAUUUUAUUCGACAAUCCUGCUUUCACGAGACGUGGUCUACUAUUGACGCAUUCCUGGGGUGGUGCAUGGCGAAGUGGGAAACUGCAGAUGUCCAUGGCGAGCAAGAGAAAGCGUUACUUGGACUGAUCUUCAUGAUCCAAGCAUUUAUCCAUUCACGGAAGCUCGUAUAUGCAAACCGCCGAUCCGUCGACCCCGAAAUGCGUCGGCUAUGGGAUCAGCUGAAGGCUGACAUGGUUGACCUCGGUCAGGCUGCUGUGAGGGAUGAAUCCAAGGUGAACUCUGGUCAGCACGGCCUCGGACUCCAAUCCACGCCACCUAUGCUCCCAUCUCCUGCUAGUCUGCCGCCGAACAGCGCAAACUCUACACCCAUCAAUAAUAGCACAGGUGGUACCCCCAACACAUUCUCAAAUAAUAUCAGCACUUCCGCAACAGCAGCUACUGCCAACUCAACGCCACCAAUACAAUAUGAUGCUCUUUCCCAGCUCAUCGUGGAUGAAAUCAAGAAGCCACUCGGAUUUGAGCCCAAGCAACAUAUUCCACCUGUCAUGGUCAACGCUGCAGCAAAGGCUUCUACCCCCAUCGGCCCGUCAUUCGCGUUUUCCCUUGUGCAACAAUCCGAAGGGAUACGGCAGGCUUCAAAUUGCAUGAUCCAUUCUCAAAAAUACCUCACCCUGUCUGUGUUGGCUGAGCACUAUCCCACCACUCUCGCGCGGAUGCUCAAGUCUAGCUUGUCUGCCCACGAAGAGUAUGAACCUGACUUGGAAGACGAAGAAGGAGAACUGUUCUGGCCUGGUCAAUGCAUAACUGGCGAAGGGCUAGGAUGGGUUUGCCUCAUGGGCAAGGCAAUGGUCCAAGAAAUUGGACGUGGCAUAGGAUACAAGGGCGUCGAGGGAGUCGUUCCGAAACCGAACCCACCCGUUGGUGAGGCAGGCUCUGCUCAACGGUAGCCUAUCACUUUGGACUUCACUCAGAGGUCGUAUAACUCUGCGUUAUUCGCGGUCGCUUGCUUCGCAGCAGCACCUUGGGGAAUGCAGAUGGUAGGGCCAUGGACAUGAUUCCCGACUGCCUCUACGCAAGCAGAUAAUUUCUUGCUUUCUGAAGGGUCUAGCAUUUUCAUUACUCGGGUCUUGCGUUGCUUUGGGCUCUCGAGGAUCAUGCUAUCCCUUGCUAUUCCCUUCGACACCGUCAGUAACAAGCAUUAACAACCGUCCACUCGUUCCUUGCCGUCGCUAAGGAGAUCCUGUUCGAUCCCUACCGCUGAGGACACUGGCUCAAUCGUACUUACGUAACCUAGCAUCAAACCAUCACCGACUAGGCUCAUCCUGUCCGUGUCGACUCAUCCCGCAACCCCCCACAACCCACUUUGGAGGCAAUACCCGGCUUACCAGUGCUUCGCGCUCUAAUCUCACCCCAUCAGGAUUUUGGUUAAUUUUAUCAUCUUAAUCUUGACCCGACACUAUUUAACAUACAUUUAUCCACCCUCUGGACAUUGCCAUCAUGCGUAUCUGCCAACCCUUGACCAACUCAACUCAUGUUGGGUCGUCUUUAGCGCAGUCCCCAUCCCGCCAGCAUAGAUAUUGGAAGCCAAGCUGCUACUAUAACCUGUCGAUUCCUUCAGCCGGGACUCACUCUUCUGCCAAACCCCAUGAACGGGAUAUUCCAACAAUCUGUGACAUGUACUUCUAGAUCCUCGUC